UCAACCCGCUUCUUUCGUCAAUUAUCCUUUCAUCUCUUUCUUUAACUAUCUUCCCGGCCCGGCCUCUUCUGCUUUCAUUUCUCACCUCUGCUCAUAAUAACGCUUCAAUUCCGAUCCUGUGCAAUCCAAACGCCAACUUUACUCUACAAACAUAUAUCUUGAUAUUGCAGGCAAACCAAUUCAAGAUUAUUACUACGUUUAGAUCGAUGGAGCAGCAAGAAAUUGGUGAACAUGGUAUUUGUUUGGAGAAGUGGAAAUCCCUAUCAUCAUCUGCAAUGGAAAACAAUCCUAUUACUGAAGGUUUUGACUGUAACAUUUGCCUAGAUACAGUUCAGGAUCCGGUGGUUACAUUCUGCGGUCAUCUCUAUUGUUGGCCUUGCAUUUACAAAUGGAUUCAUUCCCAACACUCCCAGGAGGAUAAUAAACACCCACAGUGCCCUGUCUGCAAGGCUGAGGUUUCGGAGAAAACCUUGAUUCCGCUCUAUGGUCGUGGCCUAGCACCCAAACCAUCAGAUUGCAAGGCGGCAACCAUACCUCAGAGGCCUCAAAGCCCAAGAUGUGGUGGUCCUGUUUUGUUACCAACCCCAACCACCACUGCUCGCCAUCAUAGUCGUCAUCCGGACAGCUAUAUUGGACCGCCCAUGCUGAACCAGCUUGGUGUUGGAGGCACGACAGUGAAUGCAUUGAGUGAUCCAAUAAUGAGCAGGGGGAUGUUUGGUGAAAUGGUUUACACCAGGAUGUUUGGGAACUCGGGGACAACCUUGUACUCAUAUCCAAACUCCUAUAAUGUAUCAGGUUAUGGUAGCAGUAAUUUAAGGAUGAGAAGGCAAAUGAUGAACGCUGAUAGAUCACUCAGCAGAAUAUGUUUUUUCCUCUGCUGUUGCUUAGUAUUGUGUCUUCUCUUGUUCUGAUCUGCUGCUCCCGUCAUUUGUAAAUUAUCUGUAUACCCUCAACCUGAGAUAGAUCAAUGUAACAUAUGUGAGUCCUUGCAUCUUGGUUCAA